AUGCUUCUUGUAGUGUUGUUCUGUGCUCAUGUUUUUACAGUCAACAAACUGGUUUCUGUCAUUGUGGUAAAUGGCAUCAUUAUGAGCCAUCCAUGCUGCUCUGUCCCUAACUGCUGGGUCCAUCUCCAUACCACACAAAACCACUUUUGUCAUGUCCACUCUGCCCACCUCAAUCAAUGUGCCAUUAAAGGUGAUGCAUGA